AUGAACAGAGAGCUGUGGAACAUGCUGGAGCUGCCAGCGAUGGUGCUCGCGCCCAUGGUGGACGCUAGCGAGCUGGCCUGGCGCCUCUUGGCUAGGAGGCACGGCGCCACCAUCGCCUACUCGCCCAUGCUGCACGCAGCCGUCUUCAUCAGCGACCAACGGUACAGAAAGGAAUGUUUGCAGACUUGUCCUGAAGACCGCCCGCUCGUCAUUCAGUUCUGUGGUAACAGUGCCCAUUUUCUCUCAGAGGCUGCUAAGAUGGUUCAAGAUUGCUGUGAUGCCAUCGACUUGAACCUGGGCUGUCCUCAAGCCAUCGCUAAAAGAGGGCACUAUGGAGCAUUCCUUCAAGAAGAAUGGGCGCUCCUUACUGACAUAGUGAGUAAGUUGUCCAGAGAGCUGAAAGUACCAAUAUCCUGCAAAGUGCGGAUUUUUGAAAGUAUUGAGAAAACUGUCGAGUAUGCAAGGAUGUUGGAACGGGCAGGCUGCAGCUUGCUCACUGUGCAUGGUAGGACCAGAGAGCAGAAAGGUCCUCUCACAGGCCUCGCCAACUGGGCCCAUAUCAAGGCUGUCAAAGAAAGUGUUAGAAUCCCAGUGUUUGGUAAUGGUAAUAUACAAUGUCUGGAAGAUGCCAAAAGGAUGCUUGAAGAAACUGGUGUAGAUGGAGUUAUGAGUGCUGAAGGCCAUUUAACUAAUCCAUGCAUCUUCGAAGGACAGGCAGUUCCUGCAUGGAUCCCCGCUCUCGAGUACUUGGAUUUGGUUGAUUUUUAUCCUUGUCCGAACUCUUAUGUCAGAGGACAUCUUUUCAAGUUGUUUCACAAACUCUUUAGUCUUCAAGAAAAUUUUGGAAUAAGAGAGGAAAUUGCUAAGGGCUCCUCAGUUGAAGAGUUUAGGAAUGCUGUUCUCAAAUUGCAAGAUUCUUAUCUUCCUAUUCAUGAAGGACAACAGCCUUGGAAUGAAACAUAUUCAAGUUAUGAUUUGUAUUUGCCACCUUGGAUUUGCCAGCCAUAUGUGAGGAUGCCUCCUGACGAACAUAUCAAGAAAAUGGCUGAAAAAGAAAAGGAGAACUUAAGAGAAAAUGAUAAGAAAAUGUUUGAUUCCUCUGGAGAAAUGAGGGUUCUAUCAAAGAAGAAAUUAAAAAGGCUAGCGAGAGGACUCUCGAUAACUCCAAAGCCUCCAAAGGAGGUUGUGAAUUGCUCUACCUGUCGUAAUCCUGUUGGUCUCAAGUGCCUGCAUUUCAUGUGCAAGGUGUGCUGUAAAAAGAAAUGCUACACUGAAAAUCUUGACUGUCCAGGUCAUAAUCUCCUUAUUAAAUCAAACAGAGAAAGGGCUAGAAGAUUGGGAUGGAAGAAACCUAAAGUAUCUCAUCCUGAAUCAUAA